CCUUAACUGAAGACACUUUCUCAAACAUCACAUCAGAUCACUAAUGGGUGCGUAAUGCUACGUAAACCUUAGAAUGGUGGUCAGUUAGCUCAUAUGGUAUUCAAUGUUUCCAAAUAAUUGAGCAAUUUGCUUGGAACAGGACAGUUGAGUGGCUAGAAUACCUUCAUUGUCAUAACUUGGGCUGCAAAACUGCUUAUUAAAACCAAGAUAAAAGUAUACGCAAAGCGAUAAGUUUAUACGAAUUUUUCACGUUGUUUUUGAAUACCGAGACAUAAACAACCGUUGUCAUAGUAACCGUAAAUUCAACGUUGUUGAAAAAGUCAGAUGGAGAAUACAAAGCCAACUGGGAUGCGGCGUGCAUCUCAUUGGUCUACUGAAGUAGAGAAUGCAUACAGGUUUCAGUUGGCAGGUUACAGGGAUGAAGUGGAAUAUUUUAACUAUAAUAAUGCUGACCCUGAGAAGUGGACAAAUACGGGAUUUGUCAAAAAAUUGAAGCGACGAGAUGACAAAGAUAUACCGAAAUGCAAACUAUACGUAUAUUAACAAACAAAAUACAAUUCAGAUAAUAAUAUCCACUAAACUUUAUUUCUAGAAGUUCUUAACAGUGCAUACCCUGUUUAACAAAGGGUGUGAAAAUUUUACGCGAGGGAAAAGCAACAAACAUUUAAUUAUUACAACCACAAAAUUUAUUGAUGUUACUUCGCUUGUUUUUUCUACAUAAUACAAGAGAUUUACUGCAAUCCUCUGACUUUUUGGUAAAAGAAAAGCUUUUGUCGAUUAUGAAUGGUUGGGUUGACUGCACACAUAGUCUGAUAAUAGUUGAAGCGAAUAUUUUUCUUCAACUUAGUCGAAGGAUAAAGAAGAGCAUUGUGUAUUGUUUGACAGUUUAGCUAAAUGCUACAUAUUCAGUUUAAAGAAAUCU